AUUAUUGAAUAUGUUAAAAAGUAAAACCUAAACCCUAAUUUCCUAACUAAAUCAGCGCCGCACACACAGCCACAACUCCACUCCACCACCGCGUCUGACUCCCAUCGCUCUCCAGUCUCCACCACCGGGCGUUCCGCGCCGACGCCGUCCCACCCCGCCGGCCACCACCCCACCUACUCUUCGCCUGCAAUCCCCCACCACGCCACCUCCGCGCUUGCAAUCCCCCAGAGCAGCUCGAAGCUCGAGCGCAGAGCGCCGCAGAUCUGCGCCUCUCUUCCCGACGGCCGACGCCCUCCACCUCUGACCUCAGAGUUUCAGACGCCCUCCCCAGAGCACCUCAUCGGCGCGUCAUUCCUUCAGGCUGCAGAUUUGCGAGGAACACCCUUGUGAGAAACUUCACAACAACACAUUCACAAACUUGAGCCCGAAGUCACAAAUUUUACCCAGCGGAUAGAAAAGCUCGAUAUUUACUGGAUAAAAGGCAGCUACUUUUGGCGAGAAACACGUUCCCCAAAAAUCUAUACUUUAAUAUUAGUAUAGAUGGCGAAUGCGGAGGCGGAGGCCGUCGAUUUCGAGCCUGAGGAGGACGAUCUUAUGGACGAGGAUGUCGGCGAUGGCUCCCCCAACCGAGCCACCGUUCCUCGCCUGAAGUCCGCCAUCACCGGCGGCGGCUCCUCCACCGCUCCAAAGAAGACCAAGGGCCGCGGGUUUCGCGACGAGGCCGCUGCUGAAGCGGACCGAAAUGCUCGCAUGUCCGCCCCCUUCGAUUCGCUCGAUUCAGAAGGCGGUCCUGGCCCCGAACGAUCUAUUGAAGGAUGGAUUAUUCUGGUUACUGGAGUUCAUGAAGAGGCUCAAGAGGACGAUCUGCAAAACGCAUUUGGUGAUUUUGGAGAGAUAAAGAAUUUACACUUGAAUCUCGAUCGUCGUACGGGUUUUGUCAAGGGCUAUGCUCUAAUUGAAUUUGAGAAGUUUGAGGAGGCACAGAGAGCCAUAAAUGAGAUGAAUGGAACUGAACUCCUAACCCAGACCAUGAAUGUUGACUGGGCGUUCAGCAAAGGUCCAUUUAGAAGAAGGAACAUUAGGAGGAGGUAUGUGAUCUCAAAUUCUCUGCAACAACAAUAUAAGUCCCUCUGUUCUUUCUAAAUGUCUAACUCAAAUUAUGGGUUCUUAUUACUGUUGCUCAUAGUAUAGGACUAGGAAAUAGCUGUACCAAACAUGAUAGUGCUCCCCAUGUACUUUUGGAGCCAGAGGUAAUGUGCAGAGCUUGGGAAAUACUGAUACUGGAAAUGUGCAUGUGUCACUUAUUACCUUAACAGACAAAUACAUCAUUUGGAAUGUUGUUGAGGGGGCAUGUUAAAUAUUUUAAUUAUCAGUUAGGGUUUGUAAUAAUUCAGACAUGGUGAAUCAAUGUUAGGAUACGUAACCUUGAAAAAUCUCUCCACUUUGAAUAUGUUAGAUGACACUCUUCAAAUCUAGUUUUGAGUGACCCAUAUUAGGUUGGUAAUAAUUUUGAAUUGUCUUGUAGUGGGAGUUGGAACAACCACAUUAUAAAAAGGGCAUGUAAUUGGGGAUUAAAAAGUUUACAAACCCUCUUUUCAUGUCUGGAUCCUAUCCGACUGUUACUGUUUUGUGAUUCAUCAUUUUUAUUGAAAUCUUCUACAGAUCACCUCGGGGUCAUCAUUCCAGGAGUCCAAGGAGGAGAUUCUGAUCAUGGUGGCAUGUGAGAGUUUUUGGCACUUUGAUUUAGAGUGAAGAUACAAAUGUGAAUCUUUGUUAACUUUUAACAAUGUGUACGAUUGUUGUUUCUGUUGUCAGUUUUCGUUCAUUGACUUCAUUUCAGCUGUAUUAACGUAUUUAUGAGGCUUCUUUGGAUUGCUCUUCCUGGCUUGCUAUUUAUAUAGGUUGGUACUUUAGUUGAA